CUGUCCACUCCAGGUUUUCUUGCUCCCCGAGAUGACCUGUCAACCGGAUUAACGCCGAAAGAGAUUAAUGGCUGAGGCGGGUUGCAAUAAUAAUCGUUUUGUUUGAUGUGACAACUUUGAUAGGCGUUGAUUUACUUACAAACUGAUAGGCUUUUAAUUGAGCGCCUCUAUCCAGUGGGAGAUGAAAGGCGCAGCGCAUUGAAAAGCUGCCCGGAGCCUCAGCCCUGAUUAGCCCAAUCAGCGGUGAAGAGGUCAGCGCAUUUUCUCCCCAUUUCUCCCCAAAAGACUCUCUCUGUUUCUCUCUCUCUCUCUCGCUCGCUCUCUCUCUCUCACACACACACACACACACUUUCUACUUCUCAAAUACAUUUUAGAUCCCCAUUGCCGUGUGGUAUGCAAAAUAUCACAUUUUGGUGCAUGAAUAUUAAACUUGUUGGGUCCAUUUGUUUUUGUUUUUUUCUCUCUCUCUCUUAAGCUUUAUUACAUUCCAAGUGUGCUGAUCCACUGCCUCGGGCGACAUGCAUGUAAUGAUUACAAGUUCAAAUUCAGGUACGCUUACAUCUGUUCAAAAGAGGUAAUAUACCCGAAAGCGGAAGACUUGUGCAACUGUGAAACUGUAUACUGAAGCAGAAGAAGAAGAAAAAAAAGUGCACUUCCCGCACUGUGCACCUGGAUGAUGAUCCGCUUGAGAACAGGCCUGGUGCUAUUCGACUCCUCAAUACCCAAAAACACCAUACACCCAAAUAUUCUGAGUAAAACCGAUUUAUUACAGAAGGGAAUGUGUUACAAAAAUGCAUGUAAAAAUUGAUUUUAAAAAAUACAGAAGCACAAUGACUGCCAAAGAAAUCCAACAGUUUUUGUUUUGUUUUUUUUAAGUACAGGACAUUUUUCACACCCACUUUAGCACAUCAAGACUGGGUUAUUUUCAAUACAUUUUCUUUUAGGUCAUAGUUUUAAUGCACAAAAAAAAUGUUAAACAGUCCACAUAAAAUUCUCUGUACUGCAAAUCAACAAAUUGUACAACAAUAAAGUUUGAAAUAGCAUGGGAAAAAUACUUUGGUGCAUUUCAGUAUAUACUUACUCUAUAGUCCGACAAGGAGUAAAUAUGAGAACGGCUGAUUUCCAUGUUUUCCCGCAUCAGGUUUUGUAAUACCUCCCUUCGAAACGGAAUAAAACAAGAGGACUGUGCCGCUCGUAUUAAGUGCCUCUGUAUCAAGGUGCUUCUUUUUCAUUUGCCCUUUUCUCAGUCACCCGCAGCUUGUAAUCAGCUACAAGAGCUGACAUAAAUCAGCAGCAGGAUUGACAGCGACUGACAAAUAGCUGAUUGAUUGCGGUCGAGCAGAAUUGACAGUUGACUGAGGGGUUGGGAUAGAAAUAGAAGGGCGGUGUAUAUUAUGCUGAAAACAUGUGACAUUCCCAUCCCUCUAUCACUCCAUUGGUCUGCUCCUGUCAACGCGUGUCUGAUUGGGGAAUUCAAACACCACGCGUUGAUCUUCUGUUGCACACAUGGCUUUGUGUCAAAUGAGCUGAGCAGAGAGACAGCGUGAUAAAAUGUCAGUAAGACGCAUAACCUUAGCACAUUUGGGGUUGUUUUUUUCGUUUGUUUGUUUGUUUUAACUCAUAACCGGCACAGGAGAACUGUGUAACACGGACAUUCGAAAUAGUUUGAGAAGUUUAUAUUCCUCUAGCCUAUAACUUAAAAUGGUAUUUACGUUACAUAAACUUAAUUUGCCUGCUUUAAUGGGUACAUAUGGUUAAAUCCUUAUAUCAGUUAAUAGACUGGAACAUAAAUAAAUAUAGAAUAUAAUGUAGUGUAGAUUUCCGUUUUAACCUAAACACUAAAAUAAAGGCGAGCGCUGCGUUUGGAAAGUGCGGCGUGCACAAGAAGCAAAAUAUUUCCCAGAAUCUCCUCCCCCGAGCUGUCAAAACAGAGGCGCUAGAGAAAGGAGAACGUCACAUCCCCUUGACCCUCCAAUCACCUCGGGGUCCCAUUUGAUUGGAAGGCGGCAAGGGCUUUAAUCUCAGACUAAUUCAGUUGCUUUUGAAGUGAAAAUUUCGGCCAGUUCUCGGGCUGGGAGGAGUAGCGCGUGGAGCUGCGGGAGGAGGCAGAGCAGAGCGCGCAAUGCCUGUGUUGUCACGCGCAGCCCCGGAUCGGCGAUAGCCUUGCGCUGUACGUCUGCUUUCCGCCACGAGCGAACGGAUUAUAUGAGUUUAUCUUUAUUUUCGGGCGUUUUCGCAGAAGAACGAUUCGAAGUAGUUAUUGAUGCAUAGGACGAACGAAACGCUAACAGAAUAAAUGAGAAUUGGGUCAUGAGCACAUCGCCCUCUGCUAUUGCUCUAAGAAAUAGCGAUACCGUUCGAGCCUGGGAAAGCUGCAGUUCUCGGAAUAACAGCUCAGCGAGCAUCAACAAGCCUUUUCUCCAUCCCGUCCCUCCAACGGACCCUUUACGCCAAGCCAAGCGACUUCCCAUCAAGGUUCUGAAAAUGCUGACGGCACGCACGGGACACAUUUUGCACCCGGAGUACCUCCAACCUUUACCUUCUACUCCGGUUAGCCCAAUCGAGCUAGAUGCAAAGAAAAGUCCACUGGCUCUUCUUGCGCAAACGUGUUCUCAGAUCGGUAAACCGGACCCUCCGCCUUCGUCUAAACUCUCCUCAGUUACAUCAAAUGGAUCUAGCGAGAAGGAGACCAAGUCCGGUCCUUUAAAACUGAGCGACAUCGGCGUGGAAGAUAAAUCGAGCUUCAAGCCGUACUCCAAACCAGCAGAUAAGAAGGACUCGUCCUCGGGGGUUUCUAGCGGGGAGAAGUCUGGUUUCCGUGUGCCGAGCGCCACCUGCCAGCCGUUCACUCCCGGCACUGGCAGCCCGAAUUCCAGCACUUCUGCUUCCCCGAUGCCGUCCGAGACCAAAGGAGAGAGGGAUGAAAAGAAAGAAGCUGACUGUAAUAAAACCUGCAGCACGGACGGCUCUGGAGCUACCGGUGUCAGCCACAGCAGGAUAAGCGUGAGCUGUGCUGGAAUUAACGUGGAGGUCAACCAGCACCAGGAGACCACGUCUGGAUCCAAGGCCGCUACGUCAGAAUCGUCGUCGGUGUCUUCCGCUUCCUCUGCGGCUGUUCUGGGGUCGGGUCUUGUGGCACCCGUUUCUCCGUACAAACCUGGACAGACAGUUUUCCCUUUACCCCCUGCCGGCAUGACAUACCCUGGAAGUUUAGCUGGGGCCUACGCGGGCUAUCCUCAGCACUUCCUGCCCCACGGCGGAAGUCUGGUGAACGCGCAGCUCAGCUCCCUUGGAAGCAAAGCUGGAUCGAGCCCAUUAGCAGGGGCUUCUCCACCGUCCAUUAUGUCUGCCAGUCUUUGCAGAGACCCGUACUGCUUGAGUUAUCAUUGUGCCAGUCACUUAGCGGGCGCGGCCGGUGCCUCGUGCACGCACGACUCAGCCGCCGCGGCCCUCAAGUCCGGAUAUCCGCUCAUGUACCCGACGCACCCUUUGCACGGCGUGCACUCCACGCCACCGUCUUUCGGCGGACACCCUUUGUACCCGUACGGCUUCAUGCUCCCCAACGACCCGUUGCCUCACGUGUGCAACUGGGUGUCGGCAAACGGGCCAUGUGACAAGCGCUUCUCGUCCUCAGAGGAACUGCUUAACCACCUGCGGACGCACACAGCAUUCACCGGCGCCGAGAAGUUGAUCUCGGGUUAUCCGAGCUCGUCGUCCCUUGCCAGCGCUGCCGCCGCGGCCAUGGCGUGCCACAUGCACAUGCCACCGUCCGGACCGCCCGGAAGUCCCGGCACACUCGCACUGAGGAGCCCGCAUCACGCGCUCGGACUAAGCAGUCGCUAUCACCCGUACUCUAAGAGCCCGUUGCCAACUCCCGGUGCCCCGGUGCCCGUUCCCGCCGCAACCGGCCCUUAUUAUUCUCCAUAUGCACUGUACGGCCAGAGACUCACUACAGCGUCAGCGCUCGGAUACCAGUGAAACGGACUCUCACACACUAAAAUUUAGAGCUUAUAAAGAUUCAAAUAUAAAGACUUUUAUAUCAACGCACCACUGAAGGACAGGAUCCGUGGACUCCACUGUAUUUAUUUAUGUCAGCUUAAAGCGGACAAUAAUACAAAAGGAAAACUAUUUGAGCAAACUCAGAAGUGCAUUAUGUUUAAAUCUCAGUAGGUAAAAGUGAAACACAUGUUAGAGUACUAAUAAAAUAAGGGUCCUUCAGUUCAACAUUCAUUUGAAAUUGCUAUGAUUGUAUUGUACGUUCUUAUUUAAUGUCUCAUUGAAAAAAAAGGUAAUAAUUUACAUUUGCAUGUUUGUUUGUUUUUUAAGCCCAAAUUGUCCGCAUCAUUUUAAAUUGCCGUUAUUUUUCAGGCGUAUACCAUGGAGAGAGAAUUGGUAUUUUUUUGUAUGUAUUCUGGAAAAAAAAAAAAAGAAACAAUUCUGUUCCAUAAUUGUGUCCUCAGUAUUCUUUAAUACGACGAAUGCAGUUUACAUUACAUGUGGCUAUCCAGAUUGUUUUUAAUUUGCCAUUAAUCCUAUAAUAUCGCAAAUCAUAAUUAAAUAAUUAAAUAAUUGAAUACCAAAUAAGAAAAAUAUAUUGUAUGACAAAGAAUAUGAAAACGUUUUUCUUAAAAAAAAAAAAAAAAAUGAUGGUGCAUUGAAUUGUAAUAAUUUAUGCCAUAACAAAGGACGACUAUUUUACACAGAUUGAAAAAUAUAUUAUUUCAGCUUUUUUCCUUUCUUUUACGCAGUAUUUAAAAAAAAAUAUUAAGAAUAACAGCGCACGGGAGACUUAAAUACCCAGUAUGUUUUUGUCUUUCAGUGAAAACGAGGCGAAGCUACAUUAAGGUCAAUAUGAUGCAUUAUGUUUCAGUAAAAUAUAUUUUCUGAAAACUUAUUCACACUUGCAUA